AUGCCGGUAGAAGAAGACGCAGGUCCCCGCUCAGGACACCUGGGCCUCGCCUGGGAAGCCGCCGUAGUUUCAGUAUUCGUUGUCGUCCUCGUAGCCGUCAUCGCUGUAGUCAUCUUCCAAGUCCGCCGGAGGAGACGCCGGGAACGGAUGAUGGAAAUCGAGGCAGCUGAGGCGCGCAGUCGGAAGCGCAAGUCAAGGACAAAAGAACCACCCCGGGGCGAUAAGGACCUAGAAAGAGGGAAUCCAGAGCUAGAUGCAGAGCCGGAGACAGAGGAGGAAGUGGAAGACGAUAACUCGGAGUCAGCGGAAGGACAACCCAAACCAUCCCGGAAAUCACGUCCACCCUCCCUGAAAUCAGAAAAGCGAGCACACCGUCAAUCCAAGUCCUCCAAACCGAAAUCGAAGUCUGGCCGAACGAAGAAAUCGUCGCGUUCAAGAGAGACGUCAGAGUCGACAACGGAUUCAUACUACUUUGAGCAUCCGUCGCAGAAGCCGCCCCGGUACUACUGGACUCACCGGUAG